CGGGAAGAACUUUGCGUCUCCGCUGCUGCGACCUUUUCCUGCCUGGUCUGCGUGUGGGAGAGGUCGGGGGCGCUGAGAAGAAGCAUGGCUGCAGCAACGGAGGAAGCCAAGUUGGUCCAGGCGGCCGCCGCUCAGUGGCUGCUGUGGGACAAGAAUCCUAAAACCUCAGAAAUAGUGAAGCAGCUGGUUGCAAAAGGAAACACAGAAGAACUCCAAAAAUGCUUUGGUUCACGGAUGGAAUUUGGGACAGCAGGACUCAGAGCAACCAUGGGAGCAGGAACAUCCCGGAUGAAUGAUUUGACUGUUAUUCAGACCACUCAGGGAUUCUGUAGGUAUCUUGAAAAGAGUCUCAGUGACCUAAAGAAAAAAGGAGUAGUAAUUGGUUAUGAUGCUCGGGCUCAUCCUUCAAGUGGAGGUAGCAGCAAAAGAUUUGCAAGACUUGCUGCAACAGCAUUCAUCACUCAAGGUGUUCCUGUGUACCUUUUUUCCAGUAUAACACCAACUCCUUUUGUGCCAUAUACAGUGACUCACCUGAAACUUUCUGCUGGAAUUAUGGUUACUGCAUCUCAUAAUCCCAAACAAGAUAAUGGUUACAAGGUUUAUUGGGAAAAUGGCUCUCAGAUCAUUGCACCUCAUGAUAAAGGAAUUGCUCAAGCAAUUGAAGAAAACCUAGAGCCAUGGUCGCAAGCUUGGGAUGACAGUGUGAUUGAUAAAAGUCCCCUUCUCCAUGACCCUUAUGUGUCUAUUAACAACGACUACUUUAAGGACAUACAGAAGCAAUGCUUUCACAGGAAUAUAAACAAGGAGACAAAGCUGAAAUUUGUCCAUACUGCUGUGCACGGUGUAGGCCAUGAGUUUGUGCAGUCAGCCUUUAAGGCAUUUGACUUUUGCCCUCCAUUUGCUGUUCCUGAACAGAAGGAGCCUGAUCCAGAAUUUCCAACAGUAAAAUACCCAAAUCCUGAGGAGGGUAAAGGCGUACUGACACUGUCUUUUGCGCUAGCUGAAAAAGAAGGAGCUCGGAUUAUUUUAGCCAAUGACCCAGAUGCUGACCGGCUUGCUGUUGCAGAGAAACAAGAAAGUGGAAAAUGGAAAGUAUUUUCUGGCAAUGAAUUGGGAGCUCUUUUAGGCUGGUGGAUCUUCACUUGCUGGAAAAACCAGAAACAGGAUCCUGGUGCCAUUAAAGAUGUAUACAUGCUGUCCAGUACUGUAUCCUCCAAAAUCUUAAGAGCAAUUGCACUUAAGGAAGGCUUUCACUUUGAGGAAACAUUAACAGGAUUCAAGUGGAUGGGAAAUCGAGCCAAGCAGCUCAUAGACCAAGGAAAAAAUGUCUUAUUUGCCUUUGAAGAAGCAAUUGGAUAUAUGUGCUGCCCUGUAGUCUUGGAUAAAGAUGGUGUCAGUGCUGCGGUCAUCGCUGCGGAGAUGUCUAGUUUUCUGGCAACCAAGAACUUGUCCUUGUCUCAGCAACUGAAAACAAUUUACAAUGAGUACGGCUACCAUGUUACCAAAGCUUCAUAUUUUAUCUGUCAUGAUCAGAAGGUCAUUAAGGAACUGUUUGAGAAACUUAGAAAUUAUGAUGGGAAAAAUACUUACCCAAAGACGUGUGGAAGAUUUCCGGUGUCUGGAGUCAGGGAUCUAACUACUGGUUAUGACAGUAACCAGCCUGAUAAAAAAGCUGUGCUCCCUUCAAGUAAAAGCAGUCAAAUGAUAACAUUUACGUUUAAUAAUGGAUGUGUGGCUACUAUGCGAACUAGUGGGACUGAACCCAAGAUCAAAUACUACGCAGAGCUUUGUGCACCUCCAGGAAACAGUGACUUUGAAAAGUUGAAAAAAGAACUGGAUGAACUGGUCAAUGCUAUUGAAAAAUAUUUCUUUGAACCAGAGAAGAAUAAGCUGCAGUCCAAGCCAGAGUAAUACAUCUGUCUGUUUUAGUUCUAUACAAACAGAAUUCUUUUUAUGGUUAAUUAGUCAAUAUGUGUAAAGCAGCUAUUUUAUUAAAGAACUAUGAUUUAACAAA